AUGCGUCGCAUUCUAGGGUUAGGUGAUGUAGCAUAUAAUAGUUUUAAAAACAAUAAUUUCUUUUACGCAUUUAUGAAUACACUCAAAUUUACACUAGAAAAUGUUCUAGAACUGAGAAAAUGUAAUUAUAAUAAUAAUGAAAAAUAUAAUAUAGAAGAACAAAAUUUUAUGGAUAUGAAGACAUUAUUUGAUUAUUCAAAAGAUUAUGAUCAAAUACAAAAAGAUUUAAAGAAUCAUGAAUUGUUCUGUAAUCAUGAAUAUAAGGCUCAUCUUGAUAAAUAUGCCUUAGUAUAUGAAAAGUUAAUGAAGAAGUGCCCAAGAACUGGUAUACGGCAUUCAUUUUGCAGUGGUUUUAAUGAGUUUUUUAUUAGGAAUGACAGGUUUGAAAUAUCUACAUUGUCAUGUAGUGAAGUUCAAGAUGACGCUACUACUGCAAAACUAGAAGAGGAACAACUAAAUUCCAUAAAACAUAAUAUGAAACAAGAGGAUUAUUUGCUUCCAAUUAGACAAAAUUUAGAAUAUAUAAUUUCAAAUAAUCCUUUAGAUACUUCAAGGAGCACAGUCAUUGCUCCUUUAUUUGUAGGGAUUACAGUUUUAUCUAUUAUUCUUUACAAAUUCACUCCACUUGGGUAUUGGUUAAAAAAGUCCUUACUAGGAAAAUAUAAAGGGUAA